CCGCCGUCUGUCCCUCCGCCACGCGGCACGGCGAUAACCAGCAAAAGGUUAUCAGCGUCUCGCUCCCUGGCACCCAGGGCUGAUGCCCCCGCGCUCACGGAAAGGUCUCUGUGUGCCACUCGAGUGACUCGGCCAGCUAAUUGGGGAGAUAGCGCCAGAGCCGAUGGCCAAAGGCCACCCUUUGUGCGGUGUCUCCGAGGGGCUCCUCAGCAGGGAGGGGGCGGGAUGCUAUAAAGGGUGCUGCCGUGGGGAUCAGGAGGCAGCUGGGAGCUCUUCUGGCCUCGCCGCCCCAAGCAGCCAUGCAGAAGCUCCUCCUGGCGCUGGCUUUUGGGACGCUGCUCUCAGAGCUGAGGCUGGGGGCUGAGGGCCGGAACCCACCCUACGGCGUCAAGCUGUGCGGGAGGGAGUUUAUCCGGGCCGUCAUCUUCACCUGUGGGGGCUCCCGCUGGAGACGGGCAGGUGAUCUCGAUAUCCUGAGCGGCCCCCCUGCAGGGGAAGACUCCUCAGAAACCGCCUCCAGCGAGUGGGAUGCCAGCCGCCUGCCCGGGAUGCUGCCCCACCAAGACCUCUCCCCCGACUACCACGAGAGGUGGAGAGGCAAACCGGGCCGCGGCCUCGCCGAGGAGAGCUGGCCUCUGGAGCGCGCCGUCCGGGACGUCAUGGCGGGACUGAGCACCUCGUGCUGCAAGUGGGGCUGCAGCAAAAGCGAGAUCAGCUCCCUGUGCUAGAGGCAGGGGGUUGGGGCAAGGGGGCAGGGCAGGGUUCGGCGCAGGGCACCGCAUGUUGGUACCAGGCCUUCAGCUGGCGUCAGAGCAGCUCUGAUUGGCACCAGCCCUGGGAUCUGGCCCUGGGAUCACGGCUGCAUGUAGAAACCCACCAUUAAGAGCUCUGCAGUUGCUCAGCUCCCUGGGAGCUCUGCCCGAGUGAGGACUGCAUGGACCGGGCCGUGGAAAUGUGUGUGACUUCAGACAGGGUGGGGGUGGCCCCUGGGGAGAGGGCAGUGGUGGACUCCAGGGUCCUGGGGCGUAUGGAGAUUGGAGGCUGAGUUUCAAUUGGGACACGAAUAAGGAACCAGAGGAUGAAUCUCGCCCCCGCCCUUCCCCUUCCAGUUGUGGUGUCACCCCCACAUUGCCGCUUCGUGCGCUUGUAUUCAGGGUUAAAUAAAAGAUCAAAAGAAACGAA